ACGCUGCUGAGCCAGCGAGCGGUUGGGUGAACGGGGACCAGGCCAUGGAGAGCCGAAUCCAGAGAGUUCGCGACGCGUUCGCGUCCGGCCGGUCGCGCCCGCUGAGGUUCCGGCUGCAGCAGCUCGAGGCCCUGCGCAGGAUGGUACGCGAGCGCGAGGACAUCCUGCAGGCCAUCGGCGCCGAUCUGUGCAAGAGUGAAUUCAACGCGUACAGUCAGGAAGUCAUUACCAUUCUUGGCGAACUGGAUCUUGUGCUGGAGAAUCUUCCUGAAUGGGUUACUGCCACGCCAGCCAAGAAGAACUUGCUGACCAUGCUGGACGAGGCCUAUGUCCAGCCAGAGCCCCUGGGAGUCGUACUCAUCAUCGGAGCUUGGAGCUACCCCUUUGUUCUCACCAUUCAGCCUCUGAUUGGAGCCAUUGCUGCAGGAAAUGCUGUCAUUAUCAAGCCUUCUGAACUAAGUGAAAAAACAGCUCAGCUCUUGGCCAAACUCCUUGCGCAGUAUUUGGACCAGGAAUUGUAUGCCGUGAUUAACGGUGGCAUCCCUGAAACCACGGAGCUCCUGAAACAGCGGUUUGACCACAUCCUCUAUACGGGGAACACGGCUGUUGGGAGGAUUGUCGUGGAAGCCGCUGCCAAGCACUUGACCCCCGUGACGCUUGAGCUGGGAGGCAAGAGCCCGUGUUACAUCGACACAGUGGACCUGGAUGUUGCCUGCCGGCGCAUAACUUGGGGGAAAUACAUGAAUUGUGGCCAAACCUGCAUUGCUCCUGACUAUGUCCUCUGUGAACCGUCCCUCCAGCAUCAAAUUGUGCAGAAGAUUAAGGAAACCGUGAAGGAAUUUUAUGGUGAAAAUAUAAAAGAAUCUCCCGAUUAUGAGAGGAUCAUCAACCUUCGUCAUUUUAAGAGGAUACUAAAUUUGCUGGAAGGACAGAAGAUCGCUUUCGGUGGGGAGACCGAAGAGGCCACACGCUACGUAGCCCCAACGAUCCUUACUGACGUAGAUCCUGAAGCCAGGGUGACGCAAGAAGAAAUUUUCGGGCCCAUUCUUCCCAUCGUGCCUGUGAAGAAUGCCGACGAGGCCAUAAAGUUCAUCAACCGCCGUGAAAAGCCACUGGCCUUCUACAUCUUUUCUCACAAUGAUAAGCUCGUCAGACGGAUGACCGACGGCACGUCCAGCGGCGGCGCCACGGCCAACGACGUCAUCAUGCACUUCACCCUCAGCUCGCUGCCCUUUGGGGUAGGUUCUAGCGGAAUGGGAGCUUACCAUGGGAAGUACAGUUUUGAUACCUUCUCUCACCAGCAGCCCUGUCUGCUGAAGAGUUUAAAGAGGGAAGGUGCUAACAAGCUCAGGUAUCCUCCCAACAGCCAGUCAAAGGUGGAUUGGGCAAAAUUCUUCAUCCUGAAGCGCUUCAACAGAGGAAAACUCGGCCUGCUGUUGCUGGCUCUCCUGGGCGUUGUGGCGGCCGUGCUGCUCAAGAAACACAAGGCUGUGCUGAGGAGAAAGGCCCUGUUGAUUUUUCUCGCAGCUCAGACUGCGUUGUCCCGUAAGCAGUGACGACCACAGAUCCCACGGCCCAGCUCUGUCUUUAAGAGUGAGGCCAGAUACUACUGAAGAAAGAUCCUAUUCAAACUCCUGGUUGCCUCUACCGAAUUGUUCCUCUGUUAAACAGUUAAUGAACCAGUCAUUUUAAAAUCCUACCAAAAAUAGUAAGGAAGUAACGCAAAUGCAUCUGAAUCAACCGUCAAAGUCAUUGGUGUGCCCCGUGGAGAAAACCUGCCAUCUCAGCCAAACCCCAGCCUUCUCCUCUGUGGAGUGGGGGACGCACUCCGAGAAUGCAUUUUACAUGGGUUACCCAGACCUUAGAGCUUGAGUCUAGGGGAGGCGAACGUGUUAGGCUAAACCCUUGGGACAUGUAAAGGAGUCUUGGAACCUGCUGAGUGACUUCUUCACUCCAGUUCUUGGGACACAAGACACCCUGCCCAGGGUUAUCCACAGCCCUCCGUGUCCAGAGAGGUGAGGCUAGACCUUCCAGCUCUGCUUGAGUUUUGAGGCAC